AUGACAAUCAUCCUCCACCAAGACAAUGCAAGCUCGCACACAGCCCAAAAAACAAGGCAGUAUUUAACGAAAGAAAACGUGGAAUUAUUGGACCAUCCUCCAUAUAGUCCCGAUCUAAGUCCUAACGAUUUCUUUACUUUCCAGAAAAUUAAAAACAGACUGCGUGGUCAAAGGUUCCAGUCACCAGAAGAAGCAGUUGACGCAUUCAAAAAUGCCGUUUUGGAUCUGCCAGGAAACGAGUGGAAUAAGUGCUUCGAAAAUUGGUUCGAGCGCAUGCAGAUGUGA